AAUUCUUUAAAAUUAUUUUUCUUUUGUCAGAACCAUCAACGAGAAACUAAGUGAUAUGCAACACCCUUAGAUCGUGUGGUUUGGAAUCGUCCAUUCUUCAGCGUCUCGCUUACAUCAAUUUGGAAUGCGGCGCUGGAGAAAGCGUGGAUGAAUAAUAUCCCAUGAUAAGGCAUUGCGUGAAGAUUUGACGACUCUGCGUACGUUUUCCUGUUAUGACGACAAAGGGAAUUCGUAAAGUAAGAAAAAACCGAGGCUUUCACUUGGAAGACCACUUGACCAUCUGUCAUGGAAGGAAAAGAGGAGAUCAGUGAUACUGACAGCGGGGUUAUUCUGCAUUCUGGGCCUGAUAGCCCCACCACAGUGAUGAAGGACGUGAAUACUCAUACUCGGGUCAUGAAACUCAAGCAGCAAGCUCUGGAGGACAGGUUGAAGAUUUGCUUACUGGAGCUCAAGAAACUCUGCAUCAGAGAGGCUGAACUCACAGGACAUUUGUCCUCAGAUUAUCCCCUGUUACCUGGAGAGAAGCCCCCUCAAAUUCGCCGGCGCAUCGGAGCUGCUUUUAAAUUAGAUGAGCCAAGCAUCCUAAAUAGAACUGAGGACUCUGAGCUGAGCUCUGUGGAGGCUGAUCUGGCUCUUCAGCAGCAGAUAUACGUGGCAUCCCAGAGACUGUGCCAGGAGGAACAUCUCAGCAAAGCGGUAAAGAGGAGUCGUCUACAGCAGUACCAGCGUGAGGAAAGGAAACUCAAAGAGCUACAGGAAGCUGUGUUUAGGCUGAGACUGGAACAUGGCCGAUCUUCACCACGCCCUGGCAUGAUCACACAGCGAUUAUGCACUUCAGACAAUAGCUCGUUGUCAGACUCAGCUGUGCUGGAUGAGGAGGAACUGUCUUCCCAGCUUUCUUCAGAGCCUCCUGCUCCUGCUGUAGACUUUCAUGCUCCACCUCAAAUCAACUCUUAUACCCCUUCUAAUACACCUAUAGCCCCCUCCUACCGGCCCCUCGAGGCCACUGUUCGUCAAACUCCACCACAAUCCCUGGAGGAUUUGCACACAUGCCAGAGUCCAGUCUUAGAGCAUGACCCUGCCCCCAUUCAAAACUCUCCCUGGAUGGAGAGUAGUUUGGACCAGCCUUACCAGAAAAAGAAAACAUCUCGCUCUAGUAGCAUCAAAUCCAGUCCUGCUGUUACCCCCACAUUGCCUCCUCUGGAGGCCUGUCUUGCGGAGGCCAGGAUAUCACUGCAGAUACCCACCCAUGCUGCUCUGAAACACACACAGUCCUGCAGCGCACCCUCCACUCCAGAGAUGCACCUGCGCAGGAUACAGUCCUUUAGAGUUCCCAACACUGAUCCCAACCCUUAUGAUCCCGAGCGGGAACGUGGGCGCUCAAGGGGCCCCAGGAGACGGUUGACAGACUUUGCGGUGACACAAUCAGAAUACUCUCCUAUAAGUCUAAAUGUAGGAAACCCUUUGUACUACUCUAGUUCCGAGGACAGCAACUCAGAGCACUCUGUGCAUUCAUACACCAGCUCGCCCUGCCAAGAGCACCCUGGGGAACUUCCAUGGCCCAAUCAGCCCCAAUACGGAUACCAAUACACCAGCUUCAAUGACAAUCACAUACCACAAAGAUGCUCUCCUACCCCCUUCUACAAGAACGCUCAGUACCAGUCCUCAUCGAGUUUUUCCAGGGGGUACGUAGAGGACGGAUGGGGUCACCCCUUGGAAAUGGACAGCGGACGAUUGUUGUACAUGAGACACCAGACCCCCUCACCUGUUUAUUCGACUAAUGGUCACUAUGAGUACUGCUACAGUGAGGCUUUGCCUUCCCAGCAGGGAAGUUGCAGGUUGUUACCCACCCAUGUGAAAUUGUCACGGGCUCCUUCGCUUAGAGAGUAUCCACACCAUCCUAACAGAGGCCUGCCACGGCAGGUGGUGUCAGAGGAACUCAAAUCGUGGCACCAGCGCAACCAACUCCGACCGCCUCGCCCACAUUCGCUGGACCGGAACAGGCAGGGUGCACUCCGCAUCCGAAAUGUGCCUGGGCAAGAGUCCCCACUUUCGCUUUCCCAGCACCACCGGUUCCAGGAACAGCAGUAUAGAGCUGUAUCGCCUUACUCUCAAGUAUCAGUCUGUUGGGAGAGGAAUUUCCAGAAAAGGCAGAUCAGUUACGCACUGCCCAGGCCUGCCUGAGGAGCGGGGGAAGAUUGGCUUGAUGUUCUUGCUGUGUCAAAGUGAGAUCACUGCUGGGUCUAGGUGUGGUGUUCAGCUAUGAAAGAGCUUUUGAUUGGAAUUAGCGUAGGGAAUGGCACAAUAGAAAACUGCACACAAAUCAUAAUUGUCAUUUUGUUGUUUAUGGUUGCCCAGAGUUAUUACAACACAAUGCUUUAAAUCAGUGCACACAGAAGUUUGAGGACUGUAAGAUUAUUUUAAAAUGUUUUUUAUAUAUAUACAGAAGUCUCUGAUGCUCACCAAGGCUGCAUUUAUUUGAUGAAAAAUGCAAAUGAAAAUAUUGUUUUAUAAUAAUACAAUUUUGAAAAAACUUUUCUAUUUGAAUAUAUUUUAAAAUGCAAAAUUUGCGAUGGAAAAGCUGAGUUUUCAUUAUUAGGUCUUCAGUGUCACAUGAUCCUUCAGAAAUCAUUCUAAUAUGCUAAUUUAGUGCUCAAGAAACAUUUCAUAUUGUGCGUUGAAAAUAAUUGUUGUGCUGCUUAGUGUUUUUGUGGAAACCAUGAUUUUAACCUUAAUUAAUCAUUUGUAACAUUAUAAAUGUCUUUACUGGCACUUCCGACCAAUUUAAUGCAACCAUGCAUUAAAAUAUUAACUUUUGAAUGGUAGUGUAUGAGGAAUGAUAUGUUCUCACAUAUUUAAAGGAAACUGCUACUGCUCCGUUCUGAGCAUUACAUACAUUGAUAAAUAAAACAAAUCACCUGAGGUUUUACAAUGCUGAUUGACUAUUCUUUUUUCAGUUGAAAAGAAAUGAAUAUAGAAUUUGAGAAAUUUAAUUUUGUGGAAGACAUGAUCAUGAUCAAAAAUGUUAAAUGAAAAUUAAAAACAGAUGAUCAAAGCAUUUCCCCAUUCCUCACAGUCAUGAACUUUCCCUUUAACACCACAGUCUAGUGGGAAAGCAUGCAGUCAAGGUUGUUCUGCUGUUUAUUUCCAUUCAAGCUUGCGGUGGUUACAGUAUGUGAACUUGAUAUGUAGGUGAGCAUUGCAUUCCUCAGGGAAAAGCUUGAUUGGACGGAAGGAAACGGUGAUAGCGCCCCGGCCCAUUAGCUCCUUUAUUUCUCAAGAGCAAGCCAGAUAAGUUGUUUGGCCAAUGCACCUCUACUCCAUCUUUAGCAUCUCCUCGAGCAACAUUUUAAUAGCUGGCAUGUUCCUAGCUGAAUCUGAUAGGUGUCUUUGUUAGCUGCUUAUUCAUCCUAUUGCUUGGCAUUACAGUUGAUCGUAUAUGUAGAGGCAAGAAAACACCAGAAACCCUGCGCAUAAUAUGAGCGGUGUCACUCGUCAAACUAAAGUCCUUUGUUAAGAUGUCAGAAGGAUAAUUCCCAACGACCUAACGCUGUUUACUGUAAUCCAUUACUAAUUGGAGUACUAGUAAACUUAAGUUCUCCAUUAUAGUAAAGAAAAUAUUGAACAUUGACGUGAGUAGUUUUGUUUUGGGACCAAGAUUUUGUGCCCCAAAAUGAUUUAUUAGUUUAUUGCUUCAACUAUUUGAAAAUCUGGAAGCUGAGGGUGCAAAAAAAAUCUAAAUACUGAGAAAAUUGCCUUUGAAGUUGUCUGAAUGAAUUCUUAGCAAUGCAUAUUACUAAUCAAAAAUUACGUUUUGAUAUAUUUAUGGUAGAAAAUUUACAAAAUAUCUUCACGGAACAUGAUCUUUACUUAAUUUCCUAAUGAUUUUUGGCAUAAAAGUAAAAUUGAUCAUUUUAUCCUAUACAGUGUUUUUUUGGCUAUUGUUAAAAAUAUACCCCAGUGACCUAAUACUGGUUUGUGGUCCAGGGUCACAUAUGUAGUAUGGAGGUAGGCAUAUUCAGACACCAUCGUUCCCCAGAACUGAUGUCUUUGACCCUAUCAGAAUAUAUUUUUGAGUUGUGACACAUCAUUUGAGAACUACUGAUUUAAAUCAAUUCCAAACACUUUUAAACUGUUUCUCAAUUCUAGCCCGGUGAGUUACACUACAGUCAAAAAUGUGCACUCAGGCCACUAGAGAAUGCAGUGCACAUGUACCAACAAGUUUCAUAAAUAAUCAUUGAAAAUUCCCUGCUGAAUAAAUUUAAGAUGGGGUAUGAAUGCCUUCAGGAUACAAAAACUUGUGAGUUGUGCAAUGACACACUCGUUUUGAAACUUUGCAAAAAACCACAUAUUCAAAACCACAGAUUUUGAAAUCUAUUAUUUGGGUGGUUAAUUUAGUCAUUUGGUCUUUUGUCAUCGUCUCUUUAAAGAUAUUUCGAUCUCAUGUGGGAACAUCAGCACUGUCUUGAGACACACAUUUGCUUCGUUCUUAUAUCAUGUCAUGCAAUGAUUUACAGAAUCAUGUUUCAAAUACAGAGGCAGCUGAGCUUGUCUUGUAGACUACUACUCAAAUGUCAUUAUUAUCUGAGAAACUUUUAGCGUAAUGAAAGACGCUUUGGUCUGUCCUGUCCUUUUGCAUUGACUCUGUAAGAAAACAUUUGGACAAAAUUCUGCAUAUAAACUCUAAACUAGUGGUCGGCAACAGGCAGCAAUAAUAGGGGCUUAAAGCAACAACAGCUCAUGGAACGGCAAAUAGUCAUUAUUACUAUAAGUUAGGCUCCACUGUGUAACAAGCAAAUUAAAAUGAUUUAUCCACAUUUAUUAUUCACAAUAUGGAAAGAGGAAAUAAUUAAGCAAAUGCAUUUUUGUUAACGACUGUCCUACUACACUAUAGGAUGUAACACAGGGUUAUUUGUCUGCAUUUCUGGGUGUAAGAACACACUGUGAGAUCUGUGAUUUAAGAUCCAGCUGUUGUGUAACCCAGAUUUAUGAUGACACACCUUCAGACAACACCACAGAGCUGCUGAUUGUGCAGUCACUCCCGAGUUUCAUCGAGGGUUGCUAGAAUGUUAAAGCAAUGCAAACAGAUUUCUCUCUGGACUGACCUCUUUUCUCUUUGCUUUUCU